CCCACUAUUUUAACCAUGGCUCCAUCAAUCUCAAUCUCAAUCACUAACUCAAACUCAAUAAACAUUCGCGAUUUCGUUGUGAACAAAGGUCAUGGAGUGAAAGGUUUAGCAGAACUAGGACUAAAGACAUUACCCUGCCAAUACAUUCACCCUCCACAAGAACGAUUUGAUACGGGCACUCCAGAAGCGCAUCACAACUCUAUCCCGCUUAUUGAUAUGUCCAGAUGUAAUGAUCCGGAAGUAGCCGAAGCAAUAUGUAAAGCAGCACAGAAAUGGGGCUUCUUUCAAAUAGUAAACCAUGGUGUCCCUAUGCAUGUUCUUGAGGAUGUCAAAGAUGCAACACACAGAUUUUUUGGGUUGUCAGCAGAUGAAAAGAAGAAAUACUCGAAAGAACAAUCGGUUACCAAUAAUGUUCGCUACGGUACAAGCUUUACUCCUGCAUGCGAGAAAGCACUCGAGUGGAAGGAUUAUCUUAGCCUCUUGUUUGUCUCAGAUGAUGAGGCUGCUUCUCAGUGGCCUCCCAUUUGCAGGAAUCAAGUUAUGGAAUAUAUGAAGGGUUCCGAAAUCAUUGUAAAGAAGCUACUUGAGAUGCUCAUGAAUGGGCUGAACGUAAAAGAGAUUGAUGAAACGAAAGAAUCAAAUCUAAUGGGGUCAAAGAGGAUUAACCUUAAUUACUAUCCCAUAUGUCCUAACCCUGACCUCACUGUGGGUGUGGGGCGUCAUUCAGACGUAUCCACACUAACAAUACUACUUCAAGAUGAUAUCGGGGGGCUUUACGUGAGAAACACAGAGACUAUGAAAUGGAUUCAUGUCCCUCCGGUUAGUGGAUCUUUGGUGGUCAAUGUUGGAGAUGCACUUCAGAUCAUGAGUAACGGGAAGUACAAAAGUGUUGAGCAUCGUGUAAGUGCUAAUGGAAUCCGUAACAGGAUUUCAGUUCCUAUAUUUGUGAAUCCGAAGGCUAGUGACAUUAUCGGACCUCUGCCAGAAAUGCUUCAAAGCGGAGAGAAACCACUUUAUAAGCAUGUACUCUACUCUGAUUAUGUAAAGCAUUUCUUUAGAAAAGCACAUGAUGGGAAGGCUACAAUUGAGUUCGCAAGAGCAUAGUAUUUGUGUGAAACUUUUUAUAUAUCUUUAUAUAUUUUUUCUA